UUCACUCACUGAGCUCCUCCCUUCUUUAUUCAGCUUCCCAAAGGUAAAUGCCUUGAAAGUCCCUUCAUUUACACGUAUUUUACAAGCAUCUUUUUUCUUCUCUGUUUUUGAGGUAGCUUGCUAUAUUGUCCCUUGGAUCUCUCUUUUCUUUUUAUGUUCUUUUAGCUAAGAAAUUCUGGGUUUGCUUUCAUUUGUUCAUUUAUGUUCAAAUAUUAAGUCUUUUUUAUUCUCUCUCGGAUCCCGCAUUUUGAACUCACGAGGAACUCAGUCGGUAACUCGUUUCCGAUGUCGGUUAUUGCUCUUGCCUCCUUGUUGUUGCUGUACUUUCGAUUUGUCUUAGCUGCUGAUUAUGUACCAACUGAGAAAAUCUUGCUGAACUGCGGUGAGAAAUCGGAGCUCACCGAUAACGAUGACCGGAAAUGGACCCCGGAUUCCGGGUCCAAGUUCCUGGUCGGAAUUGGGAACUCCGUCACUUCCCGAGCCGCCACGCAAGAUCCCUCGGUCCCCGAAGUUCCCUUCUUGACCGCCCGCGUUUUUCGAUCGGACUUCACCUAUAGUUUCCCGGUCGUCGCCGGUUGGAAGUUUGUUAGGUUGUAUUUUUAUGCUAAUUCAUAUGAUGGCCGGAAUUCGAGCAAUGCGUUGUUUUCGGUCUCGUCCGGUUCUUAUACACUUCUCAAGAAUUUCAGUGCUGCUCAGACGAGUGAAGCCAUGAAUUAUGCUUUUAUUGUUAAGGAGUAUUCCAUCAACGUAGAUGGUGAUCACUUGAACUUGACAUUUAGUCCCGGUUCCAGUCCUUUGAACUCGUAUGCAUUCGUCAAUGGGAUUGAAGUUUUGUCGAUGCCUGAUAUUUAUAGUAAUGCCGAGGGGAUACCAGUUGUGGGUCAAAACUCGCCGUUCACCAUCGAUAACAGCACUGCCCUCGAGAAUGUUUACCGGCUGAAUGUGGGUGGAAACGACAUCUCACCUUCAGGCGAUACGGGUCUGUUUAGGUCUUGGUAUGACGAUCAGCCAUAUCUGUUUGGGGCGGCCUAUGGAGUUUCAGGAGCUGCAGAUCCGAAUGUCACGAUCGAUUAUGGUACCAUGCCUAGGUAUAUUGCACCACAAAAUGUGUACACCACUGCUAGAUCCAUGGGGCCGAAUGCUCAAGUGAACUAUAAUUACAAUUUAACCUGGAUGUUCGGUGUUGACUCCGGGUUCUCUUACUUGGUCAGACUACAUUUUUGCGAGUUUACUGAUAACAUUACUAAGAUUAAUCAGAGAGUGUUUGAUGUCUUCCUCAACAAUCAAACUGCAGAGAAAGGGGUCGAUGUAAUCGCCUUGGCAGACGACCUAGUUGAUGUUCCUGUGUAUAGGGAUUAUGUGGUCAUGGUUACUGGAGGAAAUUCACAGCAGGAUCUAUGGCUUGCAUUGCAUCCAGACCCGACUAGCAAGCCCCAAUAUUACGAUGCAAUCUUAAAUGGUGUGGAGAUAUUCAAAAUAAGUGAUCCGAAAAGCAACUUAGCAGGGCCUAAUCCUACACCUGGUCCGAAACAGAAUGUAGUUGAUCCAUCGUUGGCUUUGCCAUCUCGUCAAGGUCAUUCGAAGAAUCGGACGGCAAUUAUUGCUGGGGGUGUCGGCGGUGGACUGAUUCUAGCUCUUGUCGUUGGUUUCUGUGUUGUUGCUGCUUCACGUAACCGUAGGCAUGGUGGUGCAAAGUAUACGAGUGCAAGUGACGGCCCUUCAGGAUGGCUUCCUCUUUCAUUGUACGGAAAUUCACACUCCGCAGGUUCAGCAAAGACCAAUACUACAGGGAGCUAUGCUUCCUCCCUCCCUUCAAACCUUUGCCGCCAUUUCUCGUUUGCUGAGAUCAAGGCUGCCACGAACAACUUUGAUGAUUCUUUAGUCCUCGGAGUGGGAGGUUUUGGCAAAGUUUACAAGGGAGAAAUUGAUGGUGGGACGACUAAAGUCGCAAUCAAACGUGGCAAUCCACUCUCUGAGCAAGGCGUGCAUGAGUUCCAGACCGAGAUUGAAAUGCUUUCCAAACUUCGACACCGCCACCUUGUUUCAUUGAUCGGGUACUGUGAAGAGAACUGCGAGAUGAUCCUUGUUUAUGAUUAUAUGGCUCAUGGAACGUUGCGUGAACAUCUAUACAAAACCAAAAAGCCCCCUCUUCCAUGGAAGCAAAGGCUCGAAAUAUGCAUUGGGGCUGCCCGCGGUUUGCACUAUCUCCACACCGGUGCCAAGCAUACCAUCAUUCACCGAGAUGUGAAGACAACCAACAUUCUUCUGGACGAGAAGUGGGUGGCGAAGGUUUCUGAUUUCGGAUUGUCGAAAACCGGCCCCACAUUGGACCAUACUCACGUGAGUACUGUCGUGAAGGGUAGCUUCGGCUAUUUGGACCCCGAGUAUUUCAGACGACAGCAGCUAACCGAUAAGUCCGACGUUUACUCUUUUGGGGUAGUCCUCUUCGAAAUCCUUUGUGCACGUCCGGCAUUGAAUCCUACACUGCCCAAGGAGCAAGUGAGCCUUGCAGAGUGGGCUGCACAUUGUCACAAGAAAGGCAUCCUCGAUCAGAUCAUGGAUCCUCAUCUGAAAGGGAAGAUAACACCGGAAUGCUUCAAAAAGUUCGCCGAGACAGCAAUGAAGUGCGUGGGCGAUCAAGGAAUCGAGAGACCGUCGAUGGGUGAUGUACUGUGGAACCUGGAGUUUGCGUUGCAGCUGCAGGAGAGUGCAGAAGAGAGUGGGAAAGGAAUCAAUGAAAUGGAGAUGGAGGAAGGGAGCUAUGAAGAAAUCUGUAAAGGGAAGAAGGAUCCUAACGCAUCCCUCGGUUUUGAUGGUAACCUAACCGACUCUAGGAGCAGCGGGAUGAGCACGAGCAUCGGCGGUCACAGCCUGGCUAGUAAUGACUCGGAUGGACUGACACCGAGCGCUGUUUUCUCGCAGAUCAUGAACCCGAAAGGGCGUUGAGAUGGUAAGUCCACGAGUGAUUGCAUGCUGUUGUUAAUGGUUGCGGCAUUCAUUUACUUGGAAUUGCUAUAUUUGCUCUUAACUAUUCACUCUGAUUAUGUGGUUUAUUAAUCCAAGUCGGUUGUUCUAGAGAAUAAAAUGUUGAACUCACAACUAUAUAAUACUAAUGGCCUUAUUUUGUACUGUAAUAUGCGGUUUUGAACAAAAUGGACAAUUUAGGGAUGGA